UGCCCUGUUGUGCGCACUGCGCGUCCUGGCCUGUCAGUAGCAGCCGGGUUUGAAACGUAGGCAAUGAAAUCGGUGAGGUCACGUAUUUUUAAGCCCCACGACGGGAUAAACCAUCCUUCAGCGGCGGCAUAAACAAACGUGAAGUCGGUCUGGAUCGUUUCGACGCUCGCCGGAGCCGCUUUGGAAACGGAUCGGCCGCUUGUUGGUUUGAUGACAGAGAGAACACUUCUGGAUGCACAGAAAGCAGUAAUUGAAGACUUUGCCAUGAACAAAAACAAGAGAGACAGAGAGUUCUACAGCGUAGAUGUUGGGGAUUCAACAUUUACAGUACUAAAGCGAUACCAAAAUCUAAGACCCAUCGGAUCUGGAGCACAGGGAAUCGUCUGCUCUGCGUAUGACCAAAUCCUUGAACGAAAUGUUGCCAUCAAGAAGUUAAGUCGACCCUUUCAAAACCAAACCCAUGCCAAGAGAGCAUACAGAGAACUAGUUCUAAUGAAAUGUGUCAAUCACAAAAAUAUCAUUGGCCUUUUAAAUGUAUUCACGCCACAGAAAUCGCUAGAAGAUUUCCAAGAUGUAUACUUGGUGAUGGAGCUGAUGGAUGCCAAUCUGUGUCAGGUGAUUCAAAUGGAGCUGGACCACGAGAGGCUGUCCUAUCUGCUCUAUCAGAUGCUGUGUGGUAUCAAACACCUCCACGGUGCUGGAAUCAUUCACAGGGAUUUGAAGCCCAGUAAUAUAGUUGUCAAGUCUGAUUGCACACUGAAGAUUUUGGACUUUGGCUUGGCUCGGACAGCGGCCACAGGCCUUCUGAUGACGCCAUAUGUGGUUACACGCUACUACAGAGCACCAGAAGUUAUCCUUGGCAUGGGCUACCAGGCCAAUGUGGACAUAUGGUCAGUGGGCUGCAUUCUGGCAGAAAUGGUGCGCCAUAAAAUCCUUUUCCCUGGAAGGGACUAUAUCGACCAGUGGAACAAGGUGAUUGAGCAGCUAGGUACUCCAUCUCAGGAUUUUCUAAUGAAGCUGAACCACUCAGUGAGAACGUAUGUGGAGAAUAGACCACGGUAUGCAGGAUACAGCUUUGAGAAACUCUUCCCAGAUGUUUUGUUCCCUGCUGACUCAGACCACAACAAACUAAAAGCAAGCCAAGCUAGAGACCUGUUAUCCAAGAUGUUGGUCAUUGAUGCAUCAAAGCGUAUCUCUGUAGAUGAAGCCUUGCAGCACCCGUAUAUUAAUGUUUGGUAUGAUCCUGCUGAAGUGGAGGCGCCUCCUCCAAAGAUCCCUGACAGGACACUGGAUGAAAGAGAUCAUACUGUCGAGGAGUGGAAAGAACUAAUUUAUAAGGAAGUUAUUGAAUGGGAGGAACGGACCAAGAAUGGAGUAAUUAGAGGUCAACCAACCGCUCUAGGUGCAGCAGUGAUCGACAGUCCUCCUCAGCCCACGUCCGCCUCCUCCUCCUCCUCCUCCUCCUCCUCAUCCUCAGCCAAUGAUGUCUCCUCCAUGUCCACGGAGCCGACCGAUCCCAGCAGUGACCCAGCUGUGGGCUCAGAGACAGACAGCAGCUUGGACAGUCACACCUCUCUCAGUGCGCUGGCCUGCUGUAGAUAACUACCCAAGCACACAUCUACUGUAUACGUUCAAAACAAUACCUUUCCUCAUCAUUGUGUGUGUGUGUUUGUUGGGAGAUUGUUUAGACAAAGGGAACUUCAUGGUAGUUUGUAGAGGUUAGCAGUUAUUGUACAGUUUGCUCUCUGUCCCCUUUUUACCUAUACUGCUGUAAUAAUUGUGUUUUGAAAAUGUUUAAUGAUUACUGUAUUUUUGCUGCAAGAAAAAAACAAAACGCGAAGAUGUUUUGAUGUGAAACUGUGAUGUAUGUAAUGAAAGGGGUUUGAGUGUACUUUAUUCUGUUUUUUUUUCUACUCGCCAUUGCAGUCAAAAACCAUAACGUUAUGACUGCUAAAUCCUUUUGCGUAUAUUUUUGCGUAUUUGUUGACUUUUUAAGGAAAGUAUUGGUUCUCUCAGAUGGCGUUUUUUAGCACUCUUUAUCUGAAACUAUAAAUGAAUGAUCUUAUUUUUAAGCUGUUAAUACGUUUUCUUGUAGAAAACAGAUCUUGAUGUGUCCAAGUUAAUAUAAUUCUUUAUACAGAUCUGUCUGAUCUAUUAGCAGGGUUUUAUUUUUUUUACUAUAAAACAUUAUAAACAAACCUCAUUGUUUCUCGUUUGCAGAUGCAGUUUCAUUUGUAGAUAAUCCUUGGUUGGAUGGGAGGGAAAGGUGAAUGCUUCUGAGAAAAAAUGUUGACUUAGAAAGAUCAGGGGACUGCUGUAGCAUCAGCUACAUGUAUUGGCACUACAGUGACGACCUUAAGCUGCAAAAUAAAUGCAUCUAUUUUUGCAGUACCAUAAUCAUGGAUGGACAAUUUUAAAAACUGGACUAACUAAACCUCUAGUCUAGGGCUGCAACUAAUGAUUAUUAUGAAAACCAAUUUGUCAAUAAUUUUUUCGAUGAAUUGAUUAAUAAUCGGAUAGCCAAAGUUUCAUUAAAGAAGGUUUUUAUAGAAUUAAACCAAGUGAAACUAAAACUUUUCCACUUGAAGAUUUCUGGAGAGAGUAUAUUGACUUUUUUUUUUUAUCUGCAAAAAGUAUAUAAUUAUUUUUGGUAGGUUUGGAUUGCUCUGUCAGCUAUUGCAACGUUUUAGUCUAAAUAUUCCAAUUAACAAUUAAUUCCUGAAUUAGUUGACGAUUAUUUCAGUAAUCAAUUAAUCCGAUUGUUUCAGCCCUACUCUAGAAUCGAAACGUUACAAAAUCCAACCUCUGAGUACAAGUACGCAAAUAUUGCUACUCUACUUUCUUUGCACAAUCUAUACAGAUUAAUGGGAUAGAACUCAUUAUGAUCUAAAGUGUUUGGUUUUCCAAUUGUUCUAAGUCCAUUGACAGAACAGGUUUACUCCGGUAUUAUGUUGUUGCUGAACAGCUUAAAAAAAAGCACAGUAUUUAAAAAGAUAAGGGAAAAAAAAGUUUAGUUAUGACGUGUGUAAGAAGGAUUACUAAGGGAACCUAUUAAUGCACCUGCUUUGAUAUUGUUAGAAAUUAUUGCUCACUAGUAGAAAAUAAAUGACACUCAAAGAUCUGAUUUUUCUAAAAUGUUCUAUGUUAACUGUUUGGUUGCUGAAAGACACAUUUUAGUUUCGGUUGUUAACACCAACAAGUUUGUCCAUAUCUGGAAAUGUUUCCUGUGACUGGAGUGAGGUACCAUACUGAAACCCUGAGAGCCUGCUUCUUAAAUGUAUCUCUGUCUGUAUGCUAUUAGACAUAGAUUAACAAAGUGUCUAAUGCAGUAUUUAAUUUAAGUGCCCUUACUUAGUUAAAUAAUUCUCACAUCCUCCUUACCUCCAUAUCUACCUUCAAUCUAUCAGCCACUCGGACAUUGUAAUUUUUAAAUCCAAAAAAAAAAAAAAUUCAAUUCAAUUGUAUUUAAUCAAUACAAAAAAACCCUUUUGUUUCCCAUUAUUUAUUUCAAGCUAGUAUAGUAUAGUAUAUGUAUUUAACAUCACAAUCAGAGAUAUUCAAAUGAACUUUGUUUAUCAGAAUUAUGUGGUAUAAUUUAUUAAUUGAUGAUCUACUAUUUUGUGGUAGAUGUAUGUUUUCUUAGGAUCAGAAACUUAUUUUCUAACGUGCCAUGGUGAGCUUUAGAUGUUUGCUGGCUCAAAUUUCCAAUGGCUCCAGCUUUUAACUGUAUAUGUUCAUUGCACUUUCUAGGUUUUGAUAGGUUUCCUGAGUCUUCUGAUUUUAUUUCACAAGUCCCACACUUCCAGUGUUAUAGUUUAACCAUCUCAAUAAAUUAGAUUAUCUUUAAAAAGUUGUUUGAGUAAUUUGUUCUAAAUCUGAAACCCAUGAGUAUGCUUAAAUUAUGUAAAAAGAGACAUUUAAAGCCUUUAUUUCUGUUCAUCUAGGUGAUGAUGUAAACCUAAACAAAUCCUAAGUUUUUCUAAAAGAUUUUAUACAAAAAUGGCCAUUUUGUUCAUUAGUAAUGGGAUAUUAAGUAGAAGGAACGAGUGCAGUAAAAAAUGAUGCAAAAAA